UUCACAUGCAAAUUUCAAGAUGGAGUCUAAAUUUGAAGUUGACGAUCUUGUGUGGGCAAAGAUGAAGGGAUUCCCGGCAUGGCCUGGAAAGAUUAUUGAGCCAAAGAAUGAAGUGAAGCGCCCUUCUAACAAGAAACCACACCAUUUUGUUUUCUUCUUUGGUUCAGAGAAUUAUGCCUGGAUUCCCGAGGACAAUGUUUACCUGUACUCUGAUCACAGAAACAAGUUCAAGCUGAAUAAUCGCAUUCCCAAGGGAUUCAAGGAAGCUGUAGAGGCGAUAGAGGAUGCUCUGAAGGCUCAGCCUACCACAAAAACAAUGAUCGCAGUAGAACUACCAUCAAUUGAUGAGGAAUUGGCACAGAUCUUCCCUCACAAAACUCCAUCCCCCCAGAAAGAUUAUACCCGUGAACCUCUCACUGGUAAAAAGACAAAGUCCCCUGCACCAAACAAAAUCUUCAAAAGCAGACAAAGGAAAGCAGAGCGAAUGUCCCUUGAUUCUACUGCCAAACCAUUGAUGACAGCCAAAGACACAUCAAUAACCAGAAAGAGUACAGGCUCCCUCACACCAAAGAGAUUCCCGGUAAAACGCCCCGCAGGAUUAGGAGGGGAGCCUCGAUUAAAGAAACAAAAGAUGAUCGCAAAAGUACAUGGAUCGCCCAGUAAACUUGCAUCUUCAGCUGAUUCUACAAAAAUCAAACCUAAAUCUAGGGCAGAAUUGUCAUCAUCUGCUUUUGAUGGUGUAAAACUCUCAAUCAGACCAAAUAAAAAUCGGGCUGAGGAAAACAUGGUGCUAUCCCCACAGAAGGAAUCUCCAGUUAGGAGUUCUCAUGCCUCACCUGAUGCAUCGGGUAUCAAUAACCCCAUGUCAUCAGCAGGAACUCAGAUUGAGGAGACACUGUUGACAGCACGAGCAGCAGCUAAAACAGUCAUCCCUACACCGUCGAGGAUAGGCUUCCUAGGCCUCGGGAUAAUGGGACAAGGCAUGGUGAUGAAUCUAUUGAGGUCGGGUCAUGAGGUCACCGUGUGGAAUAGGACAGCUCUGAAGUGCAGAGAAUUUGUAAAAGCCGGAGCAUUAAAGGGAAACAACCCCGCAGAGGUUAUACAGAACUGUGAUAUCACCUUCUCCUGUGUGGCAGACUCUACUGCAGUGAAAGAUCUGGUGUUUGGUAACUCGGGAGUGCUACAGGGCAUCACCAAGGGAAAGUGUUUUGUGGAGAUGUCUACAAUUGAUGAGGAGACGAUGCAGGAUGUAGGGGAGGCCAUUAUGGCGCGGGGAGGAGUCUUCUUAGAGUCGCCUGUCGUUGGCAGCCGAGUCCCUGCCCUGGAGGGACAACUCGUCAUCUUAGCAGCCGGGGAACGCAAAUUAUAUGAUGAUUGUUUCUCGUGUUUUGAAGCAAUUGGCAAGAAGUCUUUAUAUUUAGGAGCUGACGUUGGUCAGGCUACCAGAAUGAAGCUUAUCAUCAAUAUGGUGAUGGGAUCAGUGGUGGCUUGUCUCUCUGAGGGUAUGGCAAUGGCUGAAAAAGUGGGUUUGGACCAGGAGGAUGUUGCUGAGGUGUUCUCUAUAGGAGCCCUUUCUUGUCCAACAAUCAUACACAAAAGUCAGGCCAUACUGAACCAGAAGUAUGACCCCCACUUCCCUCUGGUGCAUCAACAAAAGGACCUUCGUCUUGCCUUGUUGCUAGGCGACAAAGUAGAACAGCCACUUUAUGUGGCUGCAGCAGCAAAUGAGUUGUACAAGAAGGCGAGGCGGCUUGGGUACGGAGACAGUGACAUUGCUGCUGUGUAUCGGGCAGCCAGUGCGUGAGACGGGACAACAAUGCAAUCAUCAUCAAUUUAAACCACAAAUCCACAGCUCGCUCGGCAGGAAUACAACAUUGAUGUCGCCAUUUCUGAUUUGACCUCAGAUAUAACUAUGGGGUUAAAUUUUGAUGUCAACAUGUAAAGACACCAAGAAAGCUGAACAAAUGGGACCUGGUGGUGGACCAGUCACUGAUGAGAUGUGAUCAAACCUAGUAAACAGUUUAUACCAAACGUACCAGUGCCACUGAUGACAGCUCUUUUAAUUGAGGUCAUUCUGUUUUAGGGGACAUUUUUCACUUGUGGAAAAUUGUAUAUUUUGACUCCUCAAACUAUUUGUGAAGGGGAAUUUUUUCAUGUUGAUGAAGUUGUUGGUAUAUGUGAGCUCACCUGUCCACCUGCCCCAAGGGCAAGUGAUCUUGUGCUAUGGCAGAACGUCCCUCAUCCAUUUGUCAACUCUUCUUUUAAGGUAGAGAGCACACAGGGUAGAAGCCUACUUGUGGAUCUAGAACAUCCUAUGAUAGUGAACUGCCAACAUGGAUUUGAGGCCUAAUAUAGGAAUAGGGGUAAAACAUCAAAGGAAGUAAUUAAUGAAGUUGUGCCUGUUGUCAUCUUGUAUUUAUUUUGAUCUUUUGAUAGACAUGUAGCAAUUUCAAUGUUAGCAAAGAUCAGCUGAGCUCUUGGAUCUCUUGUUUAUUUCAUAGUGGCAGAUACAUAUUUUUGAAUGGUUAAGUUGUCAUGAAAUUAGAGAAAAUCCCCAUAUCACAAAAAGUACUUGGUUGUUGAGGUCAUGAGUUGUGAAGCUCAAAACUGUAUUGUCAGGUAAUACUAUGCUAUUUACCUCAAAACCAGAAACCUUCAAAUAUUAUUUCUAUGAUUUAUUCAAUAUAAUUUAUUAAAUGAUAAUUAAGGAAAUUUCAGUCUUUAUAGAAAUGAUUUUCAUUUGAUAAUUAAGAUGUCAGAAAUCUUAUGUCUUAUUUUUAUAAUUGCUAAAAGUCCUUUGUUGUCAGUGUUUUGCUGGUCUUGGUAAUAUAGGCGGCUGUUUGAUAAAGGAGGAUCUGUUAAAUUGUUUUUUUUUGCAGCAUUAGCAACCAUGUGUGGGUAGAAUUACUAUUUGAAACAGUUUAUUGUCAACUAAUUUUAAUGAAUGUAUCAUUUAUUGAUUUUAAGCUAAGUUUUACCUAGUUUUGUGCAAGACUUUUUAUAAAAUGGUAAAACCAAAUGACUUUUUAUGGGUUGUAUUAGUUUUUACGAAAAGGUCACCCUGUGACUUCUGUUUAGUCUAAAAUCUUCCCCGAGGUAAACAAUGAUGCAUUGCUGGAUGUUUGUGAUGUUUAGUGAUAUGUAACGUUUCUGGCAUUAUCUGACCACUGAUUCCCAGUAUUUAUACUUGUGGAUUUUAAUUUAACAGAAAAAGUGAACUUAACAGCAGAUGAAAGUGUGUUUCAUCUUAACAUUUUAUUUUGUACUAAUAGAAAUCAAUGUUAAUACCGCAUUUGUGAAUGGUGUAAAUUUGAGUUUUAUGCUCUGCUGAAUUUUCAAAAGUAGUCAGCAAGACCUUUAUAAAAUGAGAGUAACCUCCCUUUUUUUUUACCACCCUACAUACAAACAUCUGGUCCAUUUUCGUUUAAUCAGUCAAACCGGUCAGACCACAGUUGUUCGUUUAUUAAAUAAGGUUGGACCUAGUAAGCUGAUACUGCUUUCUGGCAAGCCUUGACAGAGCCCUGCAAGGCCUGCAUAAACAUUUGUAGGUCCGCCAGGUUUUAUACCCGAAAUUGUUACGUUUAUAAACGAUCAAACUGGUUGUUCCGCAUAAACGAACAGGCCCCUAGACUGGAAGGUUUGAGAUGAACUGUUAAGGUAACAUGUCUACUAGAUAUAUGGACACCACUGGGAAGAUGUUCACUCAAGUAUUGGGCGACCAAUAGAUCUGAACCUCGUUGGUUUAUUUAAUAAAGAUAGCAUUGUGUCCUUUGUAGCUGGUGUCAAUAUCAAAUAUGUCAAGAAAACAAAACUAAAAUGUCCUGGGUUUACAUGACACUCCUGUUUAGAGGGACAUUGACACCACCAUUUGAAGUUUUGUCUGAGAGAUGAAUGGACGUUUUGUAACUGUGUAUAAAAGAUGUAUGUGGUCAGUUAUCAUGUAUAUAUCAUCAUGAAUGAAGACACCUGCUAAUUAGAUGAUAACAAUGUUUGUAAUAUGCUCCUAACUCGACUUGUUAGACCCCAGACAUGAUUACCUUGUUAGGUAUCUGUUUCUAAGGUUACUGAACUGUGACAGGCUAUAUGUUAUUCUCGUACAAUUUCAAAAAACUCAAAUCUGGUGUCUUAAUUGAAGAUGUUAAUUAAAACAAUAGUAGAUGAAAAAGUUUAGAUAAUAAAUGAAGAAGAUGAAAUAUUCACCUAACUAGGCUUGUGUUCUGAGCUUUAACAAGUGGGUAGUAUAUUCCUAUGUAGAUACAUGUAUAUGUUCUCCGGUUUUGUAUACAUUUUAUGUUCUUAUACAAUUUGCAUUAAGUAUUCAUUUUUUGUGUCAGUUUUUAAAUGUUUUGUUUCUGAUAAUCAUGUGGUGUGUUUCAUCAUUGACAUGUUUUAAUCUUCAUCCUGACAGCAGUAGUCCUGUUUCUGUAGUGAUCAUAUUCAUCGUAUAAUCAUGUUUAAUGUUAAUGAUUAGUCAUUAGUCUUAUGUGUUCUUGGCAUUGUAUAAGUGAUUUCUGGAAGGUAAACAAGGACAAUAAAAGAAAUAUCAUGUAUUAUAUUUUCA